CGGCACUAACUCCAACAAGUGCCAGCAUAAAAGACCAUUCUAAGUCAUCCUAUCUGCCUUUCCAAUAUUUUCUACAUCGAAACCAACUUCGCCAAACGUCGCCAUGUCGGAUUAUCCAGCUCAAGAUGCCUUCUACGGCGUUGUCGGAGACACCGAUGCAUAUUUAAAUGCCAGUUUAAUAUGUGGCACACAAAGCUCAAAUGUGUGUGAAGAUGAAGAGUACAUUGCCAACUUUGAUCUGGAUCUUCUGGCAGCCGAACUGUGGCCUGAGGCGAGCGCUGCGGGAGCAGCAUCCGAUUCGACGUCUUGUGAAGGCACUUUCAGUGCCACAUCUCUCUAUUCGCAAGAUGAGGAUUUAAUGGGUCUCGGUGCAGUCAACCCCAAUGACUUGUUUAGCAGUGGGAUGCAACCGCCAUAUCCAUCGUCUCACACCACGGAAGGAUAUGUUCCUCAUCAGUAUUGCGAGCAACAGGCUACUCCCUCUUAUUGUUAUGAGCCUCAGUCGCUCCUUUCUCCGUAUAAUGACAAUUUGGGAGAAUCUUUUCAGCAAAUGAAUAUUUUUCAGCCAUAUGACCAGCAUUCUGGAUAUGCUUAUCAUAAUGGCCACCAAAUGGGUGUUCAGCAACUUCAUCAACAAUCGGGUAUUUCCCAUGACCAACAGUUUGAUGACUUACAAAACCAAGGUGUAGCUACUGCUUGUGUGUCUAGAAGUGGCACUUCAAAGAAACGGAAAGGCUAUCGACAUCGGCAUCAGCGUCAGUUCCUCAACAGCGCUGAGGAACGAGAUCGGCGGUCCCGCGUCCUCAACAACGAGGCUUCAGCCAUUUACCGAAAGAAGAUGCACGAUUUCCACGACAAAGCUCGCACGGAGUUAGAUGAACUUGAGCAGAGGAACCAGCAACUGACACAGAGGUUCCGACUCCUGCAGAAGUUCUGCUCCGGAUACAAGGCUCGCUUGCAGGUUCUCGGCGUUCCAGUGACGGACAGCUUCUAAUAAGAACAUUGAAACUUAAUCCAUAAGAACUGUAUGACCAAAAGUUUAUACUUUUUGACACUCGUACACACGCACACAGAAAUAUGCCACAUACAUAGACACACAUGAAGUUAAAGAUAUACAUAUGAUUAUACAUAUACACAUACACACACGUAUAUUUAUGUAUAUUUACAUGUACUUAUAGUUGAAUAUUGUAUUGUUUCUUUUAUUAAACUUAUUUUGCUAAUUGGCCGUGUUUAAAAACACUACAGAAACGGAUAAGACACGUCUCUAAAACGUAAGUAGGUAUUGUAUAUCAUAAGCAAACGAAAAGAAAUGUGGAACAGAAAUGUAUUUAUUUGAUACAUAAUUGCAUGGUACAACAGCAGUAGUAAUACGAAGGGACUG